AUGAACUCUCCAAGCGCGUGCGAUGCGUGCGGCAAAAAGUUUAAAGUGUUCGGCAUCAAGAAGAAGUGCAAGCACUGCACGGACAUUGUUUGCAAAGCUUGUCUGGCUACUCACUUGGAGCUCAAGCACGCGUACGUGAAGAGGUCGCCACGGGACGGGAGACAGCGCACGUCGUUUGAGAGUUUUAACGUGACCGACGACAACCAGCAAGGGAAGCCCCAGAUGCUGCCGCCCUUUCGCUCUCAUAAUUUCGAGUUUGAGGACAGGGAGUCGGAUGUGCUUAAGGAUGUGGACGCCAUGGAAGCAAAGAGUGAGGAAGACGAUGAAGACGACGACGAUGACGACGACAUUGAGGACGCUAAGGUGUUGGGGGCGACGCCUUAUAGGCAGUCGCCGGCUGGAGAGAAGAAGAGUUAUUACAGGGAGCUGCAACAGAUCCAGGGAGCGGUGGCUACGUGGACUAUCAAGGAGAUGAGGGCAAAGCAAGAGAUGAAGCACACUAAGGAGACCAGCUACUGUCGCGAUAUGACUGAAGUAUACCCCAAGAUGCGCCACGAUGAUGAGAUGCCUUGCCGCGUUGUAGUCGUAAGCUAUGUUGUGACGCUUACACUAGCUGUUUGGACUAUCUUUGGACUGUUGCUCACGGUUUAUCUGGGACCCGCACGCAUCAACUCAAGCUACGCGCUUCCGGGCUGCAGCUUCUUUGCUGAUACUUGA